AUGACGUCAGCCGUGCGUACACAUACAGCAGGGCCUACAGCCAGAGCUGCAGUUCGAGCAACGAUGGAAGGAAUAUAACGAUCUUUUUUUUUAUACCUUAUCAGGUAAUCUAAAAAAAUGGAGGGAGCAAAUUAUGGCUACUCCCAAGACUAUCUUGACCGCUUCAUCCAAAGUCAAGACUCAUCUGUGGUGAACAAGUUCCAGCAGAAGUACUGGAAAACCAAACAGACGCUCAUUAAGGUCACCGGGAAGAAAGAGGACGAACAUGUGGUGGCGUCAGAUGCAGAUCUGGACGGCAAGCUGGAGGUCUUCCACUCCAUCCAGAGAACAUGCAUGGAGCUGCUUAAAGUCAUCGAGCAGUACCAGAGGAGGAUCUGCUUUCUUUCCCAAGAGGAGAACGAGCUGGGUCGUUUCCUGCGCUCCCAGGGUUCGCAGGAUAAAACCAGGGCUGGAAAGAUCAUGCAGGCCACUGGGAAAGCACUCUGCUUCUCCUCCCAACAGAGAUUGGCUCUGAGGAACCCUCUGUGCCGUUUGUACCAGGAGGUCGAAACAUUUCGCUAUCGAGCGAUCUCAGACACGUGGCUGACCGUGAAUCGAAUGGAGCAGUCCAGGACCGAAUACCGUGGAGCGCUGCUUUGGAUGAAGGACGUAUCUCAGGAGCUGGAUCCAGAUACUCAUAAACAGAUGGAGAAAUUUCGCAAGGUUCAGGCCCAGGUGCGCACUACCAAAACAGGCUUUGACAAACUGAAGAAUGAUGUCUGCCAGAAGGUUGACCUGCUGGGAGCCAGUCGCUGCAACCUCCUCUCUCACGUUUUAACCACAUACCAGACAACACUUCUGCACUUCUGGGAGAAGACAUCCCACACUAUGGCGGCCAUACAUGAGAGCUUCAAGGGCUGUCAGCAUUAUGAGUUCUCCACACUUAAGACCUUACAAGGCCCCAUGGACAAGCUGGCUAAGAAGAAGGGAAGGAAGAAAAUUAAAGCAAAUGCCGCAGAUGGAAAGAAAGCCGAGACCACAGACGACCAACUCAUCUCACUAGUAAAUGAAAGCACCAGUGAUAAGACCAGAGAAGGGAAUGGAGAUCAUCUCUCUGCCUAUCCAGAGUUAGAGGGAGAGGAGAAGGACAGCAUGGCCUUACUGAAUGAGAUCCUGGGCAGUAUGUCUGUGAAUGAGGGAGACUUCUCUCGAGAGUGGACGGAUGUGUUUGGAGACACCGAGGAGGGAACGAGCACAGCAUCAGGCAGACUAGCGGAGACACAGCAAAAGGAAAACUCCUUCUUUCUACCAUCUCAGCUGUUGGACCAGAGCACAAAUAAUCUGCAUUCUUCCCUCUCAGAUUGGGCCGGGAUCAUUCCACAGCCUGUCGCCCAGGCAACGGAGCACUCCUCUGGAGCCAGUCAGAACCCUUCUAAGCCAGCAGUGAAAGAGAAAGCAGGGAUGUCCAAAGAUCUCUCAGCGUGGUUCAACCUGUUUGCCGACUUGGACCCCCUCUCAAAUCCCGAUGCCGUCGGCAAAACUGACACAGAGCACGAACUUCAAAAUGCAUAGUUCUUCCUCAGCGUCAUGGUGACCUAAAAUGGGCAUCUUUGUUGGCGGGUAAAGCAGAGUAUAGCUGCCACUGUGACCAGAGACAAAUCUGAUCCGACAUGCACACAAAAAAAUAUUGUCUUUUCUUAAGACUUCAAGUAGAUACAGAGCUGAAGCAAAUAUUGUGAAAAUUCUUCAGGCAAAAAAUGCCAAAUAUUUGUGAGGAUUUGCCAAUUUAUUUAUCAUAUGUGGAAGUAAACUGAAUAGCUUUGGUUUCUGGACCGUUGGUCAGAAAAUAUAUUCUAAAAUAAAAUAAUUAGAAAGGGCAUUGUCACUUAAUCUCAGACAAAAACAGGUAAUUAUCAUAAUUAAAAUAAUCAAUAGUUGGAUCUUUUUCUUGUUAUAACAAUAUAUACAGUAAAGGUCCCUGAUUAUAAUGACACACUGUACUAUGAUAUAUUAUAAAGAUACUUUGAAAUGUUAUAACAACUAAACUUAGUCAACAAAAAGGCUUGUACAUUGUAAUAACAUUUCAUAUCAGUUAAGUAUCUCAUUAUACGAGACAUACAGUAUCUUGUUAUGGCAAGAGAAAUGUUCUUGUUAUUACAAGAAACUGAUCAGAUUUUUUUCUCUAAAAAUUACGCUGCUUUAAAGUGUCCCACUAACAACUACGAGCUCUCAUUCUUUUCAUUGUGAAAGAAAAAGAAACCUUUACAAGACAACCAUAUUAAUCCUGUUGGCUCUUUCACUUGGGUUAAAUAUUUAAAAAGGUCCCAUGACAUGGUGCUCUUUGGAUGCUUUUAUAUAGACCUUAGUGGUCCCCUAAUACUGUAUUUGAAGUCUCUUUCCCAAAAUUCAGCCUUG